AGGAAAGAUUUUUGGUCGAUUAAAAUGUACAGUGACAUUGAAGAUGUGCUUCCUGGCGAGGCCGAGGAAGAUGAUGAAGAGGCCGAAGAAGCAGGGCCAGCCGAAGAUGGCGAAAACAAGGAAAACGAAGGCAAGAAGAAGAUCAAGGUGAAGCUUGUCCGAAAACCGAUGCAGAAGUUGGACGAAGUGAGACUCUGUGGGGAUAUGGGACUUUCGAAGCUACCCAGCGAAUUCAAAGACUUCAAGUGGUUGGGAAAAGGGGCCGAGUUGGAGGAAAUGGACGCUGUUUUGCAGAGGGUCCAAUUGUGGGCUCAUCGCUUGUUUCCCAAAAUGGCCUUCGAGGAUUUCCUUCAGCGCGUCGAAAAUCUUGGUGCGAAACGUUCCGUUCAGACACAUUUGAGGAAAAUGAGGAUGGGAAUGAUUGACGUGAGUGGCGAGCCGGAAGAAUCAGUUGCCGCAGCAGAUGGCGUAACAAGAGGCGACACCGAGACGAACGACUUCGAUUCGAUCAUGCGGGAAUUUGAGGAGAGCCGAGCGAAUGAACCGCCACCAGUUGUACCAUCAGUUCGUCCUGUGACUCCUCAGCCAGCAACGCAGAAUAGUGUUGUUACGAGGAUGCACUGGACGUGUUUUUGGCUCGAAUACUACGAUGAUUUUCCCACCGCCGACUGGACUACCCACCCCGGCUUUGCCAGGAAGCAGAUGGUUAUCGCGAUCGGAGGAGACGCGGUAGAAGCCAGCGCUCCGGAGCGGCAUUCGGACUUUUACUUUUGA